AUGGCCACGGCGACUGCGAGCGCACCCGCAGCAGCUGGCGCAAAGGCCUCCGAAUCCAAUGCCGCCAUGGACGUCGAGGUCCACUACGGGGAUCUGCCACAGGAUAUGAUCAACGAACUUCGUGACGUGGCCACUAAAGCCAUGAAGGACUCCAAGGACUGGGCCGACAUCGCCACCACCAUCAAGACCGCCUUCGAGACCAAGUACGGUCCCACGUGGUUCUGUGUCGUGGGCAAGGACUUCGGCAUCACCGGAACCUGCGAGAUGAACCGCGGAGGCUUCGUCUCCAUAUCUGGGGUGGCCGUCGGCGUCUUCAAGUUCAAGUAAUGGCUCACUUUUGUCUUCUCCACCACUGACGCGCACGGGCGAUCCACCGAGAGCUCCCCUGGAGUUGCUGGGGACUGCACGCAUUGAUCCGGACUCGCUGAAGAAAAAA